AUGCUUGUGACAGAGCCUCUUCCUGCCUUAAAGGCGCGUGAUAUUGACAAGACAGAUCCUGCACACACCGUGGAGCCUUCUAGUGGACUAGUAAACAAGAGUUGGACUGCAAAGUCAGCCGCAGAAAGCGCCGCGGCUGCUGCAGCGGCUGCUCUCGGGGUGGUUUUUCCUGGCUCAACUGCUCACUUGCUCAAGGGGCCCUUUGACGGCUGUGCAGCAGCGACGGGGAGCCCUCGAUCGGCGGCUGCUGCUGCUGCGGCAGAGGAAGUUUUUGGCGCAAGGGCAGUCGUGCACUUAGAAGCGGACGAAGGGGAGCCUGAGGAGCUGUUUGCUGAUGAACUGGAGGAGGCUCCUUUACCGGAUGCCAGCAGCAGCGCAGACGAGGCGGAGGCUCCGGAAGAUUUAGCGGAGACAGAGGCGCUUCGGCAAGGAGGAGCGGGAGCAACUCUCGGAAGCCUCGGCUGGCUAGACGAGAUCGAGGAAGCUCUUGCCUCAGGCUCAACACACAGACUCUACCAAGGGCCAGAUGGCGACACCCUCUUUCAGCUAGCCUCAGGGAGCGAAGAAGUUGCGCUGCUGCUGCAGCAACUGAAACCGCUGCUGCGCAAGCGAUGGCGAGAGCAUCGAGAGCAGCUCCAGCCACCGCAGCUGCUGCCCGACUGGUCAGAGGCGCUGUGGGAAAGGAUUGAACGCGGAGUUUUGCUGCGAGCUGCUCUGUACAACAGAGACAAUUAUCCACAAUCCUGGUUUGUCGCAAGAAGCGCCCAGGAGGGGCCCACUACCACUGGCGCUCUCCUUACGCCUCUGCAAGAUCACGAACUCGAAGAAGCUGAAGCCACUGCACAGGAACGACAGAUGGUGCAUGCGUUAGUGCUUAACCUCCUGGAAAGAGAAGGAGGGCCUAUUGCAGGGGUAGCCGAUGCCACAGCUGCGGCAGUUCAAGAAAGCAGCAGCAGAUGGGGGGGGCAGAGCGCAAGCAAACUAGCCACUCCCCCACCAUCUGCCGAAUUUCCCACCAAUUCUGCAGCCAUCGACGGACUGCUUUCCACUGUAUCUACAGCCGAAGAAAUGAGACUCCCGACGCGAGAUCCUGCAGCAGAAGUUGGUGGGGCACCUGCAGUUUCUGCAAUGCCGCCUCUGGAGACGGCAGAAAAACGCACUGCUCCAAAUGCAGAAUCCGCUAGAAAUUCUCAGUCAGCUGCUAAUGAGAACUCACAGGCUGCUGGCGUGACCAGCAACGGAGGCGACAGCAGCAGCAGCAGCAGCAGCAGCAAAAGCAGCAGCAGCAGCAAAAGCAGCAGCAGCAGCAAGAUGGCUGCUGCAGACCUCCUUUUUGUGCCGGAGGACGUUUUAGACUUUGCUGCCGUCUAUGCGUCUGGGAAGCUGUCUAUGCUGCAUGCUCUCCGCAGCAGAGCCGUCUCAGGAGGAGAAGCAGCAGCAGCUGGUGCGGCUGCAGAAGAGGCGGAGAUGGCUGCUGCGCAGGCUUUGGCGCGUGAGAGGGAGGGCUUAGGACGCCUUGUUGGCAGUUUCGGAGACGCGUAUUCCUUUCUGCGGCUGGUGCUGCAGCUGCCGGAGGCGCAGCCGUUUCUUACUCAGGAACUGCGGCGUCAAGAGCGAAAGCAGCACCAACAGCAGCAACAGCACCAACAGCAGCCACAGCCUGGGAAGGAAGAGUCGAAAGAAGAGGGUUACGACAGUCGCUUUGCCUCGCUGUUGCCAGAUCCGCUGCUGCCCAUGCCGCAGCACAGCGCUGCCGUGCAGCGGCAGCUGCAGCAGCUGCCGCCGGCGAAGCAGCAGCAGCAGCGAGUGGCGGCUCUCGGAGUGGUUGCAUUUUUGUCUCUUUUCGGCAUUGCAGACGCCGAGGGGCGGCUGCAGCUGCCUGGGGGCUGGCCUAGAGAUCUCUCCUUGGUGUCACGCGCUGUUGCCAUGGGAAGAGGUCAGAAGCCUCCCUGCAGUUUGUGUCUUCUGCUUGAUGGCUUCUUGUCGUCACUAGGCUGUCCGUCCUUCGCUCUGGGGAGCGAGGGCUGGGCUUUACAGCAGAGCGCUUCUUCGCUUACCGUCUUCCUGGCUUCGCCGAAACACACACUCCCUCUUCCUCCUGUUAGGGGCCCUUUCGAUGCACCCCUCAUGCAGAGUUCGCUCUUCGCGAACCGCGAAGCAGUCGUCAGAAAGAGCAGGGCAGACACGCCGAUGAUUAAGUAUCUCCUCGCUGCGCAUGCAGGCGACCCCAUUGCUUCUCUGGCUGCAGCUUACUACUUGCGGACUGCCAGAAGUUUUCCUGGGCUUGAUGCGGGAGGAACGCAGCGAGCGUUAUGGGCGAUGCAGAUACCUCCGACCUUUUCGUCUGACAACAACGCUGCUGCUGCUGCUGCAUCGGUGUCGCCAGCAGCCGAGCGAUCGAGGUUUGCAAUAGGCAAAGGUGGAGCGACAGUCGAAGGCUCAGGUAUCAUAUCUGCGCCUUCGGAGGAGGAAAAGGAUGCAAGCUAUCUGGUUGCACUGCAGCGUCUUGGAAGCGAAGAGGCGGGGGACUGUGCGGCAGCCUUGCGGCACAUGCUGCCUGCUGCUGCAGCAGCUCUAGAGCAGCAGCAGCAGCAGCAGCAAUACGGCUCGUGGAUGCGCGUGUCACCUUCGUUUUUCCUGCGCUCCCCUGGGGAAGCGGAGACUUUCGCGGCUCCUUCGAAUGCCAGCAGAAACAGCUCUUCGCCGGCGAGUCUUUUCUCCUCGAAAGACGCUAUUCCCAGCGAGCUGCUCGAACUGCUGACUCGUCCUGAGCCGAUCGUGUAUGGCCCCCCCUCCGAGGCUGCUGCACCGCAUAACAGCCGCGACUAUGCAAUGCUGGUGCAUGCAGUCGCAGAAGAUGGCGAUCCUGAAGGUCUUGCUGCCUUAGCUGAUCUGUACCUCCACGGCAGUCCAGAAGCGGGCAUUCCGAGAAAUCGGCAACGCGCCUUAGACUUGUGGACGGAAGCAGCAGAGAGAGGCGAUGCCAAUGCAGCGCUUGCCGCUGCGCAUCUGCUCCUAGAAGGCCAUACACCUGCUGCUGCUGGAGGAAGAGCAGCAGCUCGAGCAGCCGCUGAAGUAGCGGCAGAAGCUGGAAGGGCAGGAGCAGCAGGAGGAGCAGGAGCAUGGCGAAGCGUUUUGUCGGCUGUAGGACUAAAGGCGGAGGAUGAGGUCAAGAAGAAGGAGGAAGUGCAGCACCCGGCAGAACCUCUUUUGAAGCAGGUAAUGUCUGAGGGCGAAGGAUCUGCCCCUCAGAUUGCACGAUAUUUAGCGUGGCGAUUCGGAUUUGCAGGAGAGACGAACUCGACGCUGGCAGGCGAGGCGCUGCGCAUAGCCGCUGAUUUGGGAGAUAGCAAUGCGCAGGUGCUCUACGCGGCAGCACACCUUGCGGCUUUAGCGCCUACCACAGCGUCUGCAGCAGCAGCAGCAGCAGCAGCAGCAGCAGAUCCUCUGGGGGCAUCUCCUGCAGCCGCGGUGGGGGGCAGAGGAGUUGCUGCAGACAAGGAGCCGCUUGUUGCAGUCGGCAACAUGACUGAGGCUCUAAUAUACUUCUCCAAAGCGGCAGUCGCUGGGCACCCCGAGGCAUCAUACAGCGCAGCCUUGCUGCUGCUGCAGGGAGCCUCGCCGCUGCACAAAUCCCCCAAGGAUCGAUGCAACAUGGCUUACAAGGUCUUGGAGAAAGUAGCGAUGCUGCACCGCCGCGUGAAUCUGCUGCAUGCGCUUUCUCUGCAUGCACAUCGCAGCGACGAUACCACGGGGGCUUUGCUGCUUCAACUGUUGCUCUCAGAAGUAGGGCACGUAGCAGCUCAUGUGACUGCCGCUGCUCUGUGGAAGCAUGCAGCGGAGCAGCAUGCACAGCGGCAGAAGACACUAGGAGUGCUCAUGGAAGAACUUUUAGAAGCAGACUUCGCAGUUGCUGCUGCUGCUGCUGCUGCAGAAGGCAGCAGCAUGCAGCAGCAGGCUUCCGUGCGAGCAGGGGAGGGAGGAGGAGCAGGAGCUGCAGCACCUGCAUCAUCAUCAGCAGCAGUGCCUGCUGCGAUUUUCGCUGCUGAAUCGGCAAGCGCAGCGCAAACCCCUGUACAGAAAGACGUGCAGCAACAGCAGCAACAGCAGCAGCAGCAGGAAGUGGAGGCAGACGGUGCCAUUGGAGAAUCCGACGAAGGCUCAGCAGAGGAGGCCCUUCGCAGGUUGUUGUUGAGUCGCUAUUCUGAUCCCUCUGUGGCUUUGACGGCUGCAGCAGGUGCUGCAGAAGCUGGAAAAGGAGGAAUGUCGCAGACAGUGGCUGCAGCAGCAGACGUGGAAGCAAGGGUGGCUGCCGCAGUUGGCAUGUGUGAGCUUGAUCGCCGCGUAUCUCCGUUUGCGCAUGCUGAGCGUCAGCGACUGCAUGCGGAGGGAGAUCCUGCAAUCCAGAAAAUCCUCUUGUUCGAGCCGAGGGAAGCAUGCAAGGCGAGCAUGCUCGGCUCGUCUGCAGCUGCUCGCGCUGCAGUUGUCGCACGCAGUCAGCUGCAGCAUCUGCGAACUUCCGAGUUUGUCAGAUGCUGGCUGCAAUUGCCUGAGCCUCUCAACAUCCCAGGAGCUCCCCCCGCGACAGCCUGUCGAUUUGCUGCGCUUAGGAGAGCCGCCUUACAGGGAGAUGUUGCCUCCAUGGUGAGCCUCGCAGAGCUGUAUGCACAAGCUGCUGCCUCUGCAACUGCCGCCGUGCAAGCGUCUGCUGCAGCACAUGCUGCUGCCUCAGAAAGCCUCGUAGAGAAAGAGACACAGUCAGACACCCCAGUCUCGAUGCAUGCGGCUGAACUCGCCGAGGCGCUUAGCCGCUAUUGGGCAGAAAAAGCCGCAGACACGGGAGACGGCAGAGGCGUCUUCAUGCUCGCAACCUUAAAGGAAGAGGGUAUAGGAGGAGCUGCACAGAGGGAAGAUGCAACACAG